AUGGAAAAAUCACCUUUUGAAUUAACAUUUAAUUAUAAUGAUAAACAAAUAAUCAAUCAAAAUUUUACAAUAAAAACUGAAUUAUAUCAUGAUAUACAUUUACCAAUUAAUUGUAAAAAUAAUCGAUAUAGAUUAUGUCUUGUUGAAUUAUCAUUACAAAUACAAUCUGAUAUAAUAUCAAUAAAUUUUUGGUGUCAACCACCAGCAUUUUCAUUUGAAAAUUUUAAUCAAUUUCCAAAAUUUCAUACUUGUAUAUUACCAAUGGUUAAUGCUACUGAACAACCAUCUAUAACCAUGAUAAUUAAUUCAUAUGAUAUAGGAAAACUUAUUCCAUUAGCAACAGCAAAUUUUACUAAUUCACCUCAAUAUAAUGUUGAAAAAAAAUCUAAAACACCAAUUUUUAUUUUCAAUAAUGAAAAUAUAACAAAAGAAACUCUUCUUUCAAGAAAUGUUCGUUAUUUAAUGACUGAAAAUGAUGAUGCUAUUGAAAGUGAGCUUGAUGAACCUGAUUGUAUAAUGGAAACAACAAAUCAAACUAAUGGAAUUUCAAAUCAAGAUGAUCCAUUAUCUAAAGAUGAUGAACCUGAUGAAACUGCUGCACCUGUUGAUUUUGCAUCUGACAUAAUACCAGAGGAUGAUCGUAGUCAACCGAUAGGUGAAUAUGAUGAUUCAUUAGCCGUAAAUUGUACAGCAGGUGGUCCAAUUUAUGGUCAUCCAAAUAUUGAAUGGAUUCGUGUAGCUAAUGCAUCUUAUUUUACAAUUGAUCAACGUAUCAAUCGAAAUGCUGAUCCUGAUAGUGAUGGUAUUGAUUUUCCUAAAAUGGAUACAUAUAUAUUACAAAUACGAAUGAUACCAUAUAUAUUUUUACAAUAUGUAUCUGUUCCAUCAAGUAAUGUUAUUUUAUUAUAUGUUGUUGUUCAUUAUGAUUCAGGACGAAGAUAUAAUGCUUAUCAAUCAAAAGUUGAACAAAGUCCUGUUGUUGAAAAUUUUUUAGCUAAAGAACCAACAAGAUUUUUUGAAGUAUAUCUUAAUGCAACUGAUGAUGGUUUACCACCUAGUGAUGUUACAUUAGAUAUUGGUUAUUGUAUAGCACCAAAACAUAAACAUCCAAUUAUUGUUGAUUCUGAUAGUUCAUUCGAUUCGUUUACCGGAACAAUUGAUGUUGAUACUUAUGCUAAUAUUCCGGACAAUAGUGGUUCAAUAUCUCCAUAUACAAUCAAUAAGCCAAGUAUAUCAACGGAUACUUUGGUACCAUCACAAAAUCUUCUAGACACUGUUGAUGUUAAUAUUAAUGUUGGUAGUGAUGGCAAUGUUGGACAAGAACUAGUUAAUAAUGAUCGAGGUCCAAUGAUAAUGGAUAAUACUGGUCCUGUAACUCAAUCUGUAAUCAUCGAUGGAGGACGCAUACCGUCUAUUAAUUAUGAAGCUCAGAAACCAGCUGAUGUACGUAUACCAUCCGAUGCUCUUGUUGGAACAGUAGAUGUUAGCAUUAUUGAUCCAAGUGCAUCAACAGAUAAUCGAAUACCAUCAUCACCACUGAUAGGAACAAUCGAUAUAAAUGAAAUUGUCGGUCGACAACCUGGUUCAUUUGGAUCGAUGCCUUCACCAAAUAAACCAGUACCAUUUUCUCGUACACCUGGUCAAUGUUUUGAUCAAAUUCUUAUUAUCGGUGGUUCACAUAUAACUAUGAUUCGAUCACGCAAUCCGACACAUCAAAUAGUUGGACCGGAAAUUAAUUUUGGUGGUACUGGUUAUACAUUUUCAUCACCAAGUGAUACUUAUGAAUUUGAAAUACAUUUUGCUCAACCAUUCACAAUGAAAUAUGUAUUUAUACCAUAUUCAGCUAAUGUAGAAAGUUUUAAAGUAGAAGCUUCACAUGCUGGAAUGUUAGGUGUAUUUACUUCUACGAAUACAAAAGAUGGUUUAGUUGUAGAUGGUUUUCCAACAAUGUUAGUUUCAAUGUUAGUUAUUACUAUUAUUCAUACUACUGAUGGAUAUUUACCAAGUCAUAUUACAUUGAAUAUUGGUGUGUGUAAUCCAAUUUAUUCACCAUCGAAUGAAGGUAAUGAAACUCCUGAAAUGAUUGAUUGUACACCUCAAUUACGUUUACUUGGAAAUCCAAAACAAGUAACACGAGUUGAUAUUAAAACUCCAACAAUUCAUAUAAAACCUAAUAAUUUAAUUAAUCCAAAUCAAGAUGGUAUGGAUUUUCCAACAACAGAAGAAUAUAUAAUUGAUAUUGUAUUGAGUAAAACAAUGUCAAUGGAUUCAAUAACACUUAAUCCUUUAAGUAAUGUUGAUAGUUUUAAAAUUCAAUGUCAUAAUUCACAUGGAUAUUAUCUUGAAAUUAAAUCUAUUAUUGGUUGGAAAACUAUUAAUGGUCUUGCAAAUACACAAGCUAAUUUAAUAAGAAUUAUUCUUCUUGGAACAGAAGAUGGAAAUCCACCAAAUCAUAUAUCAAUUAAAAUAGCUGCUUGUGUUCCAACAGGUUUACCAAAAAUCAUGAGAAGUCCAUUUAAACAUGAAUUAAUAACUAAACGAAGAAAACCAUCAAAAUACAAUAUAAAUCGUUUUAAUAUUCCCGAAGAUCAACUUACAAUGACAUAUACAGAACAACAAAUUCCAAUAUCAGAAGAACUAUUUCAACCUGAUAUCGUACAAUCACCAACGUCUGUAGAACUAACAGCAAAUGUUGAUAUACAGCCAAUACAAGAUUCUGCUAUGGGAACAUUAUCAUCACCAAUUCUUGAACAACCACCAACAAGUAUUGCAUAUCUACCUUUAAUAAACUCACAAUCACAAUUUAUACAAAAUCAAAUUCCUGAAAGAAAUAUUCAAGCACAAACAGAUAUAGUAGUGGAAACGAUUCGACAACCAAUAAUUCAAACACAAUCAUCACCAGUUAUUAUGUGGACACCAAUUUUCACAGCUUCCAACGUAAAUCAACCAUUACAAUCACAACAAUUUAUUGAAAAACCGUUGCCUAGUCCAGCUCUUCCUUUAUCACCACCAAAUUUAAUAGUUCAAAUAUCACCAUCCCCAACAAUAAUUGGUACACGUAUUUUUGAUCAAUCUUCAUCGAGUGACGCUGAGAUUCCAGUAGUCAUUGAACAGCAACAGCCCAUUGUAUCAUCUCAAGUGCCAUCGGCAGUUAUAGAAACUAUCUUUAGUCCGAUACAACUAGUUCCACAAGAAAUAGUUCGCAUACAACCAUCACCGGCAAUGCAUGCACCUAUCGUUGAUACAUCAGCAUCUAUUUCAAUUAUCGAACAACCUUCGGUAGCCAACAUCCGGAGACCUGUUCCUCUUUUACAACAACAACAACAACAACCGAUGGUUGCGCCUCCUGCUCCAACAGCUGUAAUUAGUAAUAUCUUUAGUCCGAUUCAAUCAAUCCCUCAAACAAUUGUUCUUACACAACCGUCACCCAUUAUUGAUGCAUCUACUGUUAACGUAUCAGCAACUAUUCAAUUUAUUGAGAAGCCCAUUAUUUAUCAGCCUUCGCCGAUUGAAAUUCCACAAACAAACAUAAUUCAACAACCAAUACCUGCUAUUUCGUCGUCUAUGUCAUCACCAGUCAUUAUAAGAACCAUUUUUAGUGAAAUACAACCUCCUCCAGAAGAAACAGUUCUUAGGUUACCAUCACCUGCAAUUGAUACACCUAGAAUUCCAGCUCCAGCCUACGAUACUUUAUCAUCACCACAUAUCACAGGACAAAUGACUGUACAAGUCAUUGAGCAUACAUAUUCAUCUAGAAUCAUACCAAGUCCAUCAUCUGCUGUUAGUUCUAGUUAUGCUCAACCAAUCGAACAACAACCUGUUUUUGAAAGAACUUUACCAAGUGGAAUGAUUCCAUCUAUAUCUAUUGAAAUUCAAGCACCAAGGAUACAUAUGAUGCCUUCACCGAUCAUUCCACCGCCUAUUAUAGAAACAGAUGCAACGAUGGUUCCUUCAUCAAUACCAUCUUCUCGAAUAAGCACUGAAAUGUGCAGUUGUCAAUGUCCAAUCAGUGGAUUAGUACCAAUAGUUUAUAAUAAUCGUCAACAAAGUUGUACAAUUGGUACAAUACGAAAACGUUGA